CUGUCUCUGAAGUUGGGGUGUCAAACAUCAAAUCCGUCCGUCCGUUUUCGCCAUGGCGGACUUCUUGGUGGACGAGCUGUCGGGCUUACCACGCCCAUUGGAGGGCCGAGAGGUGGUGCUCUUUCUGGAGCCUUUCGGUUUUCAGGCGAGCACGCCAAUGGAUUGGCAGAAAGGAGCCGAGAACCCAGAGCUCAGCAUCCGUGUGACAGGUCACGCGAUGUGCGGGCGACACUUGCACUACGUCCUGGAAUGCUUCCUGUGCCACGGCCGUUCCACCGAAGCCAAGCGGCGUCCGUGGCUGGAAUGGAAGGCUUCCCGGCGCCUGGUCCAUCUGCGCGCAGGGCUGCAUGACUUAGUCAAGCACUAUCUAGGCAGCAGCUACAAGACCUACUUCUGCCAGAUUCCCUUCGCGCGUCGCUUGCGGCCGGCGGGGACCACGGAACGUUUAGAUGUGUGGUGCAACCGCUUGGCCUGCUGCCUCAGUUCCCGUUUGGUGCCUCCCAUCGUGGCCGCUAACGUGCUCCGCCUCGUCGGAGCUCCCAACCUGAAGGACUGCGAACUGCCGGGUGUGACCUUUUGUGAUCAGGAUGAUCUGGAGUCCACCCAGCCCGAAGACGGAGACUCCAGCGACUCCAGAGAGGUUUGAGGGGAAGGCGGAAGGCGCGAAGGCAGCCGCGCGGAACGUGCGGCUGGCGGGCCGGCUAUUAUUGCCGGCCUUCAGACUGAGCAUGCGGAGAGAAGUUGCGACUGGCGAGUUUGAGGUCUGAAUUUGGCUGGUUUCUGGAGUUCGCGGUGGUGACUGACCCCGCAGUUCUACCCGAAAAGUCCAGUGGAGAAAGGGGAAUCUGGAUCGUCUUGGGGCUCUGUGGGCCAGCUCACCAGCUGUUCGACGACAAUUUGUUGGUCUAUUGCGUGAUUUCCUGUGAAUCCACUGGGGGCAAAAAGCCGUUUCUUCUGGGGCAAAAGGAUCCUGGACCGGCCACAGCCAUGGAC